AUGGGUUCAUUGGUUGAUUCUCAGAAUAUGGUACAACUCUCAAUCUCCGGCGGCCAGAAUUAUCGUCGGAGGCCUCGUAAGUCCAAAUUUCCGCAUCGUGCUCCAUUCAACUGUAUUCUUGAUUUGCAUCGAUUGUCAUCAAACGACAAUGGCAACAGAGCGAACCAUCUUCUUGAUUAUCUUCAUCAAAAUCCGGGCCCCAAAAAGACUGUUUUUCCGAAAACUUUAUCUCGCAAAAGAAGAAAAAGAUCAUCCCCUGCAAAUAACUCUGAAACAGUGCCUCACAACGGCAACAGAAACUCGAAGAGGGCUAAGCUUGUCAGCAUUGAACGGCCCCCUGCACAGAAUGUUUUGUCAUCUGAUAACAAACUCGAUGGCAUAGAAAGAAUUCCCCAGUUGAAAUUCAAAUUUAGACUUCCUGUCCGAAACAAAAAGACCAAUCUUUCUGGAGUACUUGAUAAACAGAGUCCCCAAACUAAUGUUCUUCAAUAUCCUCCUCUUCCAGAGAAAUUCAUGACGAAAAUAAGGCAACUGGGUUAUUCAGAGGAUCCAGUUCUGGUGAUUCAGAAGGAGUUAUUUACAACAGAUAUCAAAGAAGGGAACCAAAGAUUAUCGAUUCCAGUAAACCAAGUUAUAAGCAAAGGUUUCCUGACAGAUAAAGAAAAAGAUAUGCUUGGUGACAGGAAUUUGAACGGGUCAAUUAAAUCGAUUCUGAUUGAUGAUCAUCUUACUGAGUGGGAAAUCCCUUUGAAGAGGUGGGCUAUGAGUAAAUCUGGGCAGUACGUCUUGAUUGCGCCAUGGAAUAAGGUUGUUAAAGAGAAUGGAUUGAGAGUAGGGGUACGGAUUCAAGUGUGGUCUUUCAGGAUGAAUGGACAAAUGUACUUUGUUCUAGUUAAGUUGUAGUGUUUGUCAAUUUUUAGGGUUUGCUAGCUAGGGGAUUCAUCGUGUUCAAAGUUUAUUGCUAGAUACUAGUUCAG